UCUCUCUCUCUCUCUCUCCCCCUCCUGUUCAAGGCGGUCUGUCUCCCUCUGCUAUUCAGAACUACACGCAAACCGAUUGCCAUUGCUGUGAUCAAGGUAGGAGAUACCCAGUUCUGUAUACCCAUUUUGCCACGUGUCCGGCUGGAUCAUUCCGUUAUCUGCCUUUUCUGAGGAUACUCCUUCUGCUAUUGCUACUAGAGCUAUUGGCCACCACUUCUCUACUCUUUCACGCCAUGGAAAUGUCUAUCCCUAGCUUUUGAUCAUCAGUUAGACUCUCUCUCUCUCUCACACACACACACACAGGGCAGGGGAAGAAGGGCGAAAUAAUGGGUAGUUUCAAGCACCAAAAGUUUUAUGAGUUGCAGAAUGUUGGUGAUUCUGAAGAUAAGAUCAGCAAUUUACCUGAUUGUAUUCUUCAUCACAUUCUUUCGUUUCUUUCCACCAAAGAUGCUGUAGCAACAUGCAUAUUAUCAACUAGGUGGAAGUACUUGUGGACUUCUGUUCCCAACAUUGAUUUUGAUGAUUCGUUGUUGUAUUUGAGUAAGGUGAACGCCUGGUAUCCCCUCGAGGUCACUUGUUUCAUGAAUUUUGUUGAAAGGGUGCUUUUACUCCGAGAUGCCUCAAUUAUGAAAAGGUUCCGGCUUUCCUGUCGAGUUUGCUUCAGUUCAUCUCGUGUUCAUGCGUGGGUCUCUGCUGCUAUCAAACAUAAUGUUGAAGAGCUUGAUCUUUGCCUCUUUGUAGAGAAGUGUUUUAUGCUGCCCCAUUGUGUUUUUGAUUGCGAGUCACUCACAGUAGUUAAAAUAGAAAUGAAUUGUGUCCUUGAACUCCCUACUUGCAUCUCUUUUCCAUGCCUUAGAACCUUGCACCUUAGCCUUGUUACAUUCCCUGGCGAUAAAUCCACCCAAAAGCUAUUCUCUGGGUGCCCAGUCCUUCAAGAGUUAGCCAUAUUAGACUGUGAUUGGAUGAACUUGAAUAGUAUCUCGAUUUCACUUCCCACAUUGAAGAGCUUUAUAAUAGAUGAUUUGCCAUCCUUUGAUUCAAAUGAUGAUUUACAUGGUUGUGAGAUCAAGGUAGAGGCAGCAAAUCUCGUAUCGCUGAAGUACAUUGGUUAUCUAUCAAAUGAAAUUUCGCUGUAUAAUCUUUCCUCACUGGUCGAUGCAUCCGUCCACAUUCCAGUUACGCGUGAGAGGCAAAGAGUAGUUGCUUUUCGGACACUGAAACUGCUUAGAGGACUGCACAAUGCUUGUUCUGUGAGAAUAUCUAAUGGUGCCAUUGAGGUAUUUGGCAGCUGCAUCAAAUGAUUUCGUUAUAUGUCCAAAAACUUGUUUUUAAUAUGCAUUUUUUUCAUAUGUAGGCUUGCCUAAUCCUGCUAUACUGGGUUGUGAUUCUUUCUGUUUUCCUAUGCGUAGUCAUUGUUUUUUGCAGAUAAUGUGCUAUAUCAUCUCCCAGUACUUCCAAAUUUAUCCCACUUAGAGUUGAGCAUGGAAAUUGAGAAUCACACCGUUGGAGCAUUACUGAAGUUUCUCCGAUACUCGCCAAAUUUAGAAUCUAUCUGCUUUGCUGAGGGACUUGACCCUUGCAUCUGUUUUGGUGAAGAUCAGUGGCUUUUAGUGUCAGUACCUAACUGUCUAUUUUCCUGCCUCAAGACAGCCAGCCUACAGAAUUUUCGUGGGAAUAAUGCAGAAAUAUGUUUCCUGAAUUUUUUGCUGAAGAAUGCACUGGUUUUGGAGAAGUUGAAUAUAUAUUGUUCCAAGAGUCCAUUAGAAGACACAAAGAAAAAAAAGGAGUUAAGAAAAGAGUUCCAAAUGGUUCCUAGAGGCUCAUCUUGUUGUGUAAUCACGGUUCUGUGAAAUUCAAAGGAGUCACUGUACAUGGUAGAAUCUACAAAAAAAUCCCCAUGAUGCAGUCCCAUUUGACAAUGUUGAUGAGCCAGCUAUUCUUUCUGCUGAUUAGAGAUCUUUUGGCCCAAGGUUUAGCUUUUGAAGUUGGUUUGGAGCUGGUUGUUCAUCUCCAAUUUCAUUUUGUGAUGAUGGCUUGUAAGUGAGGAAGCGAUUAACCCAGUCGAAAACUUCUUUUUUGAGUGGCUCUUUUUUGGCUGAUUAACAGAACCUCUUUAUGCUUGUUAGUGGUGUAAAGUUUAUCGUAUAGGUAACUUGACAGAUCUCUGAGUCCAUACUGGUAUAAACAUAGGCUGCUCUUCUGGAUCGGAUUCUGGAACUCAAAAGUGUCUUCUGAGGACAGAAAUCAGUUGGGUUCCAGUUCUUGAUUUUUCCCUUUAGCCUGCAUAAUAAGUUCCUUAUUUUGUAGCUUUUGAUUUUGUACAGUUAUCACACCUACAAACAAAAGUUAUGUAUGUAGUUACUUCACAUUACUGAAAUAUUCUGUUUUUGAAGGUGACUUCUUCUUUGCGGUU